AUGUUUCCAAUCCCUUCUACCAGCACACGGCAAAACCUGAUCCGAAAUACUUAUCGACAUGCUCAACUUAAUCUCGUAUCUAAUAGACUGAUCUCAAUAAAUGCUCAAACAAAAGAUCUUACGAAACCAGAAGGAACUGAAGAUGAUGAUGAUUUGCUUUCUAGUCUGACAAAAAGAAGAGGUGGAAGAGCAAACAAAGGUGGAGCCAAGAUGAGUCCCAUAGAAUGGCUAAAUAGUGAAGAAGGACGUAGGUUUCGAGAUCCGGUGAUCGGUGGUACAAACUGGUUAGGUGAUGAUGUGCCAUUCCCAACAAACCCGUGGUUCAAACCUAAGGCACCUUUGUGGGAUGGUGUUCGAACAAAAGUGUACGAAUCGUUCAAAAGUCGAGUCAAUUCAAUGCCACCCAACGAUCCCAACAUGUCACUCGCUCAAACUAAAAUUCAAGAACAAAUCUUAAUUCGACAAACAUCCGAACAAUGGGGUAUCUCCAAAGAUCGAAUUUCUGCUAUCAUCAAAUUAAAAGCUUUAGAAGAAUCAUGGUCACUUCCAAAUCAAUCAAAUCAAGAACCUCAAAAAGUACUCCAAUUGAACUUUGAAAAAGGAAUGGAAAAUGUAUUAGGUGUUAAUCGUAAUUUGUCUAAGAUAGUAGAUGAAGAUGUGAAUGAAUUCUCCAAUAGGAAGUUGAUGAAGAAAUCAAAAUUCUUUGGAUUCGAAUUUGUUCCUCUCGAUUCACCAAUUCCCGAAUCACCUAUCAUUCACGAAACAAGUGCUGAGGGAAGUAGUGAUUCCAAGCCAAGGCGUCAAAAGUAUCAAGAAGACGACAUUCCUUCACCAGAAAGGCACAUAUACGGAGAAGAUGGUGUACCUCGACCUCCUUCCUGUUACAUCUCCAAUCCACCGAAAAAAGUCCCCAUGGUCUUCACAGACGUCUCCAAUUUCCCACGCCAACCCAAACCAAUCUCAAAACGAAAAGCCAAACAUUUCCCUCGGAGUUCUAUACUCUCACCCUACUCUCAAUCAGAUUCGACUCCUUCUCAUCCCCAUUCAAGACACCAACGUCGCUCUAAUUCUACAUUAGCAUCAAUGUCAGUUCGGAUAGCAGAUGGAGAUCUUGCAUACCCUUCUAGCACUUCUAGAAUCUCUCAAAGUAACUCACUCUCUGAUGAACAUAAAGAAGUGGUUUCUGAACUCUUGAGAAAGUUCAAAGGAUGUUCAAGUUCAGAAGCUGGAAUGAAGAUGUUAGAUGAAUUCAAAUUCGAUUCAAGUCCAUUAAACAAUGAAUCAAUCAAAGAAAUGGUACUCUUAAGAGCAGGUGGUUUAUCAUUUCGAGAAUCAAUGGGAAAUUGGAAUAAUGAUUUAUCAAAGACUCAAGAUCUUCAACCUAGUUUAAAAGGAGAUGAACAAGCGAUUCAAAGUAUGAAAUAUCAAAUGAUCAAAUCAAUCUAUAUGAAAAAACUUGAACUUAAUCAAGCUGGACGAUUACUCUUACCUGAAAAAGUUAGAAGUAAGCAAGAGAAAGAUUUUAGUAUUGUACAGCAAAGUGUUUCUUCCGUUCUGCCUCAAGUUCAACAAGUUAAGUUAAGAAAAGGUGAUCGAUUAUUAAAACAAUGUAUGAAGGGUCCAGCUGGAAGGAUGAAACAGCGUCAACUUCUCAAAGCUCAAAAGUCAUUCAAUAUAGCUCAUGUAGUACAUUCCAGGUUUUUGUCGAAGGGGGCAGGGCCCUUGCACAUAUUGCAAUGUGACACAAUAAUUGCCCCAGUGUUAGGUGGUCCUGCCCUGCACCCUUACAUACGUAGGGAAGCCAAGAACUUUUACCAUCAUCCAGGAGGAUAG